AUGCCUCUCAAGAAGAUUGUUGCCUCAAAGAAAAAAAAGGAUGCCAUGGCCGUUGAAAUUAAGAAAGAAAUAAUAGAUAAACAUGAGCGUGAUGUAAGAGUGACGGAACUGGCAAAGACUUACAGCCGUUCGACAUCGACGAUCUGUACUAUUCUGAAGAAGAAGGAAGAAAUUAAGAAACUUGAUGUGGACAAAGGAGUUACCGUGACUUCCAAGCUCCGUCCAAAACUCCUAGAAGAUGUUGAGAAGCUGUUGUUGGUGUGGAUUAACGAGAAGCAGUUAAAAGGCGAUUUGGUUUCAGAAGCUAUCACUUGCGUUAAGGCUAAGAAGCUCUCUGAUACAGCUGCUGCUGAUAAAUUUGGGCAAGAGUUCCAACAAUUUAUUACUAGUGAGGGGUUUAUUCCCCAGCAAGUGUUUAAUUGUGAUGAAACAGGUCUUUUUUGGAAGAAAAUGCCUAAGAGGACCUACAUCACGCAAGAGGAGAAAUCUUUGCCUGGCCACAAGCCAAUGAAAGAUAGGCUUACCCUCUUGUUCUGCGCCAACACAAGUGGAGACUGUAAAAUCAAGCCGUUGCUUGUCUACCACUCAGAAAAUCCACGAGUUUUCAAGAGGGGGAAGGUGCAGAAAAAACAACUGAAUGUGAUGUGGCGGGGCAAUAGCAAUGCCUGGGUAACACGGCAAUUUUUCAUCGAGUGGGUCAAUGAAGUUUUUGGCCCCUCAGUGAAGAAAUAUCUUCACAAAAAUAAGUUGCCACUCAAGGUUUUGCUCGUCCUUGAUAAUGCUCCUGCACAUCCUCCAGAGCUUGAAGACGAUUUGCUGGAGGAAUUUCAGUUCAUCAAAGUCAAGUUUCUUCCUCCCAGCACCACUCCACUUCUCCAGCCCAUGGACCAGCAAGUAAUUUCCAACUUUAAAAAGCUGUACACGAAGGCCUUGUUUCAAAGGUGUUUUGAAGUGACCGAAAAUACAAGCCUGACCUUCAGAGAAUUUUGGAAGGAUCACUUCAACAUCUUAAAUUGUUUAAGCCAUAUUGAUAAGGCCUGGGAAGAAGUCUCAGUGAGGACCCUGAGUUCGGCAUGGAAAAAACUGUGGCCUCAGAGUGUUCCUAACUUUGGUUUCGAUCCUCAACCUGUGGACAAAACAGUGCAGCUAGUCAAAAAAAGUGUAUCUCUGGGGAAAAGUAUGGGUCUGGAUGUGGAUGGUGCUGAUCUGGAUGAGUUAGUGGAGGAGCAUAGUGAAGAACUUACAACGGACGAACUUAAGGAACUUCACAAGGAGCAGCAGCAAGAGGUGGUAGAAGAGCUGCUAGGGGAGGAGGGAGCAGGGGAUGAGGCCCUCUCUUCCAGUAAGAUUAAAGAAGUGUUGGCAAAGUGGGAAGAAGUAAAAACUUUCUUUGAAGAAAAUCACCCUAAUAAAGCAGUGUGUGGGCGCACCAUGAACUUGUGUAAUGACAGUGUAGUGUCGCAUUUUAGGAGCAUCUUAAAAAGAAGACAGAAGCAAGUGUCAUUAGAUAAGUUUUUGGUAAAGCAACCUGCAACUAAAAGAAAGUUAAGUGAUUCUGACCCAGAACCUGCUUCCAGUGGGGUAAAAUUCCCAAGAAGAGAGAGCCUUCCUGAAUCAGAGGGGGACUCUCCUUCCCCACAGUAA